UCGGACAUUUUGUGAGAAACAUUCAAGAAUUUCUUUUGCUCUCUUGCAGUCAGUGACAGUCGUCCGUGUAUGUGUGUUCGUUCGUUCGUUCAGUCCGUUCAUUGAGGGAGGAACAAUUUUGCUUGCUGCGUUUUUUUCCGCCGUGGUCGCAAGUUUUUCCAAAUUUGAGCCAAUUCCGUGCCGUCGGGGCUGUCGGGACAGGUGCCAGGUCGUAAUUUCCGGUUCGUUCCGUCCCGUGUGGGGUCCGUCGGGGGCCACUAGUGGCAGAGAGGUGGCGUAGGAGCUGGCCAAAAGUUCGGGUGAAAAUCUCUGCGUGAAAAUUAUUGUGUGUGGUGAGGAGUUUUGAGGAGUAGGAGUUUGUGAAGAAGGCGGAGGAGGAGGAAGUUGGAAGUGUUGGUGGCGGAGGAGGACCGGACCAGCAGCAGCAGCAGGAAGAAUGUGUAUGUGUGCUGUGCGUGUGUGCGUGUGAUUCAGGGCACGACCGCGGCAACGACGACCUAAAGAAGUGUGAAAAAAUAGUGUGUGGUGGCCACGGGAAGAAGAUAAAAUACAGCGGAAUUGGGAACCGUGUUCCGGAUUUAGCGUGGUGAGGAACCAGGAGUUCCAGGGAGCUCCGCCAGCGGAAAUAGUGAGAGAGUGAGGGAAGGAAACAGAGUGAGAGAGCGAGUGAGCGAGAAGAAGAGAGGAGAAGUGGUCGUCCCCGGGGAAGGAAUCGACGACGAAGAACUGUAAUAUCCGCGGUACCAGAAUGUCCCUCCAACGAAUCAACAUAUCGAGAGUGGCGGCCGUGGCCGUCCUGGUCGCGGUCUGCGUGCUGACCGCGUCCGUGGCUGGACAGGAUGAUCAGAAAUCAAAUAACCGCAACAGUCAGUCCCUGUCGGGUUCGUCGUCGGCGUCAUUUGGCGCGGCAGGUUCCAGCCCGAACAAUGAUAUCUACAUCGACGACGAAGGCCUCGAGGGUUCCGGAAGCAGAGGAGAGAUUCGCGACGAUCUAGAGAAGGAGGACGACGAAUCUUCCGGCUCCGGGUACGGCGACGAUGACGAGGACUCCUCGUCCAUCUCGAACAGUCGCUCCAACUCGAACUCGAACGUAGGAAUCCUCGGCGGCGGCGGCAACCAAGGCCAGGGCCAGGGUGGCAACAACAAUCAACUUGGCGGCGGCGGCGGUGGCCAAGGUGGAUCAGGUGAUCACGCAGACUACGACGAUGAAGACGAUCGCGAGGAUGAUGAUCUCUACACUGAAACCAAAAACCCCAACUCCGUUGAUCCGUCCACGACAGACGAUGAAGACAUGUCAACCGGCACCGGCAAGGACGGCAAAUCGUCGUCCGGCGGCACCAGCAUAAAGCACUCGCCGGACGGGGACCUCGAGAUCAGCCAGACGCAGCACAUUACGCCGACGAACGGUGAGGGCGGCGCUGGCGGAAGCGGUGGCACUGGCCACGACAGCACCAACAACAACAACAACGCGUACGGCGGCAGCGGCGUGUUGAUCAUGAACGCCAAGAAUGAGGACCGGACCGCCAGCUUCUUCGCGCAGCCGGGCAUUCUCGCAGCUGUGAUCGGCGGCGCGGUGGUCGGCCUGCUCUGCGCCAUCCUCGUCGUCAUGUUCAUCGUGUACCGGAUGCGGAAAAAGGACGAGGGCAGCUACGCGCUGGACGAGCCGAAGCGGUCGCCGACGGCCAACACCUACGCCAAGAACGCCAACAAUCGCGAGUUUUACGCCUGAGACUACUCGAUCGACUCCAGCGACGGUGAUUUGUAAGCAAAUAGUGUGAGAAGGACAGAGAGAGAGAGAGAAGGUAACAGUAGUAGCGGGAGAAAAUCACAAACACACACACACACUCAAAUUGAAAAAGGGAAGAGCAAGUAACGAAAAGUCACUCAACGCUGUAGAGUCGCGAACGCGAUGAACGAAGAAACUGAGAGGGAGAAAUUUGAAGCAAACUGAAGCGAUCGUGGUAGGCUUGGGCGACGCUCUCGCAAGAGAGAGAGCGUGAACGCGCGCUGGUGCGCGCCGCUCGCGGCCUACUUUUGCGUUGUUUGUUUUUGGAAAAUGAUUUUUUUUUAUUUAGGUUUUCCUUCCUGAUUUUUUUUUUUACUUUUAAAAUUAUCGUAUCGUGAUGGAGUAAAAUCGGCAGCAUUUAUCUUGUGUACGGCGCAAGGAGGAAAAAGGUAUGGUAAAACAAAACAAACUCAUUCUUACAGAACAGAAAAGGCAAAGUUUAAACGUAAUAAGGAAAGGCUACAAGUUAAUAGAGUAUAGAUGUUACAUAUUUAUAAAGAAAAAGGCAUGCUAAUGAUUCGCAGAACGUAAGAGAGAACAAAUAAACGUUUUAUUUUUAAACUGAGGCAGUCUUUUUUUUCUUUCUGUUUUUGGUUCGCAUUUUUUCAAGGCAACUAUUUUAUUUUUAUUUUUUCGAACGAGUAUUUAUAGGGCAAAAAUCUGAUUACUAAUACACUUUGUGAGGGAGAAAGAUGACGAUUAAUACUUUAUUGUUAAAGUAUGGUAUAAAACAAAUGAAAUACGCUGUAUAGGACGAAAGCAUAUAUUAAAGAAAAAAAAACUAUUAUUUAUACAAUUACUUAUAACUUUUUUUUAAAAGGAAGAUAAAACAAAACAAUAAUCCUUAACACAGAGCAGAAUUAGUUAAAAUUAAACCUAUAGCAAUAAAGUGCAAACAAACAAAAAAACAACCCAUUUAAAGGAAUCGUUUCGCAAAGCCAACAAGAAAAGGUAGCUUUUUGGGCGCGUUAAAUGUUAGGGCAAACGGUGAAUUGACUUUCUCUCAGUGUGCGAAAAAUGAAAUCGGGUAACGGUGCGAAUAAUGGUCGAAUUUUCGGUUUUCAGACUUUUUAACCCCCAAUUUUUUUGAGUUUGUUGGGUUUGAACACACGCGAAUUGAAAUGACUACAAAAAACAGAGCAGAUUUUAUAAAGAAAAAAAAAGAGAUACACACUUAAAGCAAAAAAUAGUAGGUAGAAAUUUCUCUCAGUCGUUUUAAAUGAAAUCUAAAAUUUGCGCCAGCAAAAAAAAAACAGUAAAUUGUGGAUAAGAAGACUUUUUAACUGUUUUAUUUUUUUCGUAGAGGAAACGGGUGUGGGCUGCCCGGCGUACGAUUCGACGGGUUUUCCCCCGGUUCCGGGACGCGGGAAAUGUGCAUUUUUUCGAGGGCAGAUUAGAAAGAAGGGAAAAAUAUCAUAUAAAAACUAGCUUUUUGAAUUACAGCAAACCAACUAUUGCAAACAAAGAAAAACAAAUAAAACGAUUUGCUAUUAUAAUUGUCAUUGUAACUAGCAUAGUAAUUUGUAAAACGAUGUUACACCGAUGUAGAGAGAAGAAAAACAUUUUUUGUUGCAUUUUGACCACCUCUGAAAAAAAAGCCAACGCAAAAUAAACCACAAAAGAAGCUGUAUUGGAUGGAUCAUUUAAUAUCUAGAUGGAAAUGCUAAGCAAACAAAAAAUCAAUAAUCACAGAAAAGAAGAAAAAAUAACUCUCACACGAACACACUAAUCUCUCUUUGAAUUCUUAAGAACGCAAAGAGUAGAGGCACUAGAGAAUUACAACAGAAAGAGAACGCAAAAAUCGCCUGCCGCAUUUGAGUUGCGCAAAAAUCGAACAAAAAAAACACGUCCAAGCUCUGAGGCACACCCUUUCUCACUAACCAAAACUAACCAACUAAACAAAGAACAAAAAAUGCUCUCAAGCAAGUAAAAAGAAUCGCUUGACAUCCCUAACUAAACAGUGAACGCCACCCCCCGCAGAAAAAAAAUUCAAGAUGGCCUAAACUCAAACACAAACACAGAAUUGCGACGAGCGCCCUAAUUUCCCACCAAAAGUAGUUUUGCAUAAAACAAAAAAAAAACAAUUCUCAUUUAAUUUCAACCACUCACACGCGCUGCUAGAGACUGAUUUCAGUUUUUUUAUUUCCCCCUCAAAAAAGUAGUAAAAUAAAAAAAUCAUCGUAAUAAACAUUUUGUGCCAUUCAAGUUUUUUUUUAAGUUUAGCUGCUAAAUCACUCUUGAAAGCUGGGUGAACAAUUUCUUCUGAUUUUCUCUACUCGCUAUUCUCUUCAACCACCACCACUCACUUUGGAAUCUCCAACCCCCCAAACUUAACACAGAAAAAAAAAAUAAAAAAAUAAACAAUAAAUUAACAGGCGGCUUGCAUUUAGAACAGUUUUGAGUUUCGCUUUGCUGAAAAUGAAAUUAAAAAAAAACAUGAAUACGUAAAACAUUCCGUAAAAAAAAACACUCUUACCAACAACAACAACUAUUUCUCUUCAAGUCCCCCGCAAACAAAACUGAAACAAAAACAGUAAAACACACACGCAAACAUCUACCAACUGAAAUUUACGGCGAAGUUAAAAACAAAACAAACACACACUUUUAGGCGAGUUAUGGAACAAAAAAUCAACUUGAAAAAAAUUAUACCAGUAAUUGUGGAGUGAAGCGAAAACAUAAAAUUAUGAAAGACUCACUCACAGAACGCGGAGAGAAAAGCUCUAGAAUAUCCCAGAAAGAAUGCGUCAGCAACAACUAAACAAAAAAACAAAACAAGAUAUCCGCGAUGUGAGGUGGAGAAUGAAUUAAAAAAAAUAAAAAAAAAUGAAAAGAGCGAUGAAGAAACAGAAAAAAAUGCAUAACAAAAAAUCAUUAGAAAUAUUACUAAUAUAUAAGUUUAAUAUACAACAUCACAUAUGUAAGGGACAAUGUAAAUAAAGAAGUCUUUACAGUGUAACGGAA